GUAAACGAGAAGUCACCACACCUCUCCACUAAAACCCUGAACCUUGCUGAGUAGCAGAGCGCAGCUCAAAGAACAAAUAAAACCAGAAGAUGAGACCACCACGUGGCGGCGGGAGCUUCAGGGGACGGGGAGGAAGAGAUGGCGGCGGACGCUUUGGUGGCGGCGGCGGACGUUUUGGUGGCGGCGGUGGACGCUUUGGUGGCGGCGGUGGACGCUUUGGUGGUGGAUAUCGUGACGAAGGACCUCCCAGCGAAGUCAUUGAAGUUGCAACCUUUCUCCAUGCUUGUGAGGGUGAUGCUGUGACCAAGCUCUCUCAGGGGAAGAUCCCUUACUUCAAUGCUCCAAUCUACCUUGAAAACAAGACCCAGAUUGGGAAAGUAGAUGAGAUCUUUGGUGCCAUUAACGAAUCACUGUUUUCCAUCAAGAUGAUGGAAGGUAUUGUAGCUACCUCGUACGCUGAAGGGGAUAAGUUCUACAUCGACCCUGCUAAGCUAUUACCUCUAGCAAAAUUCCUUCCUCAACCAAAGGGACAAUCUAUGGGAGGUCGUGGGAGAGGCAGAGGUGCUUCUAGGGGACGUGGAGGAUUCUCUUCCAGAGGUGCUCCCAGGGGGCGUGGAGGAUUCGCCUCAAGAGGUGCUCCCAGGGGCCGUGGAGGAUUCAGAGGCCGAGGGAGAGGAGGAUACUAAUAAUCUAUCUAUUGUAGCCUUGGCUUGUAAUUUUUGCUUUUUAUCUUGGAUAAUGCAAAAAAUGCUUUUAAGAAACCAUGACAAUGAGAUGAUUGUUUUUCAGAUUCUA